UUCUAUUUUUCUAUAGCUUGAAUCUAGGUGUACUCACUUGUAUACAUCUUGUGUACUUGGGCUAUGCCUAUUUAUUUAGAAUAAAUUCUAUUAUUACCUAUAAAAAAAAAAAAUGUAUAAUUUGUAUUUUGAUCGUUCAAGAGCGACAAUGAACUAUAGAAGAGUUUAGUGAUUUAAGAAGGAAUUUUUAAUUUGUAUUGUUUUUUGUUUUUGUUCGUUUGUUUAUGAGUUAUUUAUGCUUUUGUUCUUUAACAUGAGAUAUGUUGAGAGUUCCAAAUUAUGCUCAUGCAGGUUGAUUGCUGCUCUAUCUAGAGAUCUCUUGGUGGAUUUUAUCCUCUUUCUGCCGAGGAUUGCUGAUUCUUUAGCGUCUCUCCUACAAAGUGGUGCUGAUAGGGAGCCAGAGAUUAUCGAACAGAUAUUUAUAUCGUGGUCAUAUAUUAUGAUGUAUUUGCAGAAGUAUUUGAUACGAGACCUUGUUUAUCUGCUCAAGAAAGUACUUUUGAAUGCUGCUUUAGGAAUUUUAUUAAUUUUGUUGUAAUGAUUCUGUGAAAGCAAACUGUUCAUGCCACAAUAUUUGAGAUUUAUGUUAGAGCAAAACAAAUAUAUUUUGGUUUGCAGUGAAACGUCCCAUUUUGAAACAAAAAUGAAACAUGUUUCUGUGUUUGGUAGUU